AUGGGUGGCAACUAUGUGACCGAGGUCUCGGUGAGGGCGACGGGCAUCACCAUGAUCAUCCUGACCACCUUUGUCGCCGGCUUCCGCAUUUUUGUGUCGGCCGAACAGCAGCGCAGGUUUGGUUGGGACGAUGGCUGGCUGUUAGCCGCCUAUAUCUUCUUUUUGGCCCUGUCCAUCCUGUACAUCGUGGCUGCGCCGACCAUGUUUCGGCUCACCAAACUUGCCGAUGGGCAGAUCCCACUGUACCCCACGGUCGCCGAUGAUGGGCUCUUCAUCCAGAAGAUCUUCUUCGUCACGACCUCGGGCUUGUGGCUCUGUCUGUGGUGUGUCAAGUUUUCCCUGAUGGCUGUCUACAAAAAGUUGAUGAAAGCCUUGCCGCACAAAAUCAGAUUGUGGUGGGCUGUGGUGAUCUUUUGCGUGGUGGUUCUGGCGGGUGCCAUCACCUCGUCGAUGCUGUCUUGUUCGAGCAUGAAAGCCUGGUUCACCGCUGGUGCUUGCUCAACCCCUCGCGACGUCAAGGCUGCAAGUAUCAGCCUUUGGUACGCUUAUGCGGUUGACAUCGUCACUGAUCUCAUGAUCAUGCUGUUACCCCUUGACCUCAUCUGGAACCUGAAGAUGCCGAGGACUCAGAAGGCGAGCAUUGGUGCUCUCUUUUGUCUGGGAUUCGUCUGCAUUGUGGUCGCCACAAUCCGAGUCAAGGAGCUUGGGAGCACGGUCAACAACACUCAACCUAGCACAACUUGGCUGGCUCUAUGGGGUAUCGUUGAGUCCUCGAUAGCUGUCUUGAUUGGCUGCGGGCCUGGUCUCUACCGUAAAGCCAGAACCAUCUACCAAACUCGGCACGGAUCGAACCCUUCUCGCGGCUAUGCACGCUAUGCGAACAGCAACUCCGUCAGAGUUCAGCCCCAGAGCAUCGCCCUAGAAAACUAUCAGACGAAGAAGUCUCGCACAAAUAUCACUUCAAAUAUCAACGACGCUGCCAGCAGUCAAGAAGAGUUGGCAUCUACAAACCUUGAGCCUGGGAUUGGCGACACCAAAAUGGCGACAGAGAGCAUCAAGGAGCGUGACGUGGACUCCGUGCGUCAUUGGGACGACAGGCCUCACGCAUAUUAA